AAUGAUAUAUAUGAAUAGAUAAAGUAUUCAAGGUUAUAGGCAGGCACCACCAGUCACGUGACUAAAAAAAACAACAAAAAAACAUUGGAUGUAUUUGUUUGCCGUUGCCCUGACAACCGCUUCAAAAGACCCCAAAGAAACAGUUUGACACAACAACAACAGGCUCUUAUUUUGUGGUCGGAAGUGUCACACCGGAAGCUCGGGUGAAGCGGAAGUAGAAAGACCAUAAGCCCGUUGGUGGUCUUCGACGCGAGCGACGGGCCAGAGUUUUACCAUCCAAACAUCCCGUUAAGGGGGGGCGGGGGUCCUCGGUUCUCCUCUCCAGGCGGCGGGCCAUGGCCGCGUUAGGCAGCAGGGCCCUGCGGGAGCAGCUCGCCGUCAUCAUGGGCGCCCUGACCACGGCGGCCGUGGCGGAGAUCUGCGACGUGGUGGACGAAGGCUUCGCGGUGCUGCGGAUGGAGAUCAGCCGCAGCCACCAGGAGAACGAGGACCUGAAGAAGAAGCUGCACCUCAUCCAGUCCAUCGUGGUCCGCGGCAGCGGCGGCGCGGAGGCGGCGGCGGCGGCGGCGCGGGACCCGGAGGACGCGCCGGUCGCGGUCGGCGAGAAGCGGGCGGAGACGCCGCGGCGGCAGCGGGACGGCGAGGGGGGAGACGCCGCCGCUUCCAGCGCCGGAGACGGAGGGGGGGUCCUGAUGGUGCCCAAGGAGCUUCCAGACGUGGUGUUGAUCAAAGACGAAGACUCCGACAGCAACGACGCCUUUGAGGAAGAUGACCAAACGGCGGCCGAGGGAGAGGGCGCCGCGUCGGGCACCAAGAGACGCUGGCCGGGGCCCGAGGAGGCCGACAGGAAGUCUUCCGGCGGGCCGCCGGCAGAGAAGAAGACCGUCUACAGUCUGGACUCUCCUCCCAGCGAGCCGGGUUUCUCCGGACGCCUCGGCGCCGGCGAGGCGGAGGCCGGCGAGCCGGAAUACGCCGGCCUGCCGACGUACUUCGGCGGCGGCUCCCUGGCCGCGGGUCCGACCGACGGGGAGCCGGACCUCGGCCCGACGUGGACCAAGCAGCCCAAGGGCCACGCCGCCUUCUCCCACUUCCACCCGAGCGAGGACCCGGACGGCGACGCCUUCGGCCUCAAGAUGGUCAGCGUGACGGGCUCCAUCCCCGCCGACUGCCGGCUGUCGGAGGGCAGCGGCUCGGCCUUCGAGUACGAGGACGGCGACGCGCUGGGCUUCGCCCACUACAGGGACCCGGCGGGCGGAGCCCAGCUCUGCGGCGGCCGGGGGAAGCGCUACGUGUGCCCCGUGUGCUCCAAGACCUACGCCACCUCCCAGAACCUGGAGGUGCACAUGCGCAUCCACACGGGCGAGAGGCCCUUCUGCUGCAGCCAGUGCGGGAAGAGGUUCACGCAGUCGGCGCACCUGAAGUCGCACCUGAGCGUCCACUCGGGCGAGCGGCCGCACACCUGCGCGCUGUGCAGCCGCAGCUUCAUCGUCAAGUACAGCCUCAAGCUGCACAUGAGGAAGUGUCACGUCCGGGCCCCCCCCGACUGAGCUUCUGGUGGGGGACGCUCACGGACCUUUGUGUGGACCCUCGGCAUCACGCAUUAAAUCAGUGAGAUGUUUAAAACGUGUCAAACCGUGAUUCUGUAGCUUCUGGGACGAGCUGCAGCAAAGUGACUGAACAGGACGAGACUUUGAAGGACGACACAGAGACGAAUGAGAUAUUUAUAUUGAGUUUUUAUUCAGUUGUUAUGUCUGUCAUGGAAAAUGGUUAAUAGUUCUGUAAAAAGACCCCAAACGGUUUGAAUCGUGUUGGUUAAUAAACCUAAUAAUACAUC